GGGGAGGGGGGCAGUGAUUCCAGAGUCAGCGAUGGGGUAAAUUCGACGGGAGGAGUGCUCGACGUACGCGGAGGUGGAGGAGGAGGCGAGAGCGGCUGAUUGAUUGAUUGAUUGAUUGAUGCGAGGGGCGGCCUCUACAGAGGCCUCGUUGUCAGGAGCGAGGGGCGGAAAGAUCGAACGAACGAGGCGAGGGAGGAAGGAGGGCAGAAGGAGGGCAGUGGAUCGAGCGGAGGCGAGUGGAGUCGGGAACUCGGGGCUGGAGCGAGUCGGGCUGAGGGCGGCACUCCACUCCGUUGGAGGUUCUGUUGGCAGGCAAGGCAGGCAGGCACCCCGAGGGCCCGGGGAGGUUUUUGUUCGCAUGCGCGGAUGGUUGUUGCUGUCGUUGUUAGUGAGCGGAGAUGGCGCUGAUUAGUCCUUAAAUGAAGGUGGACCGAAUGAUGCUGCGGUGACGAGCAUCGGUGGAGCUUUUCGGGCGAGCGAGCGAGCGAGUCGUAACUCCACUGCUCGACGUCGGGGUUCAUGUAGGUCCGAGAGUGGACUGUAUAGGCACACCUUUUCCCGUUCGCAUUGCUUCUUGCCACGCGCUGGUGGUCCCGAGUGCGGUUAUCUCUAUUGGACGCUGGGAGAAGAGUGUUAUGGCCGCAGUGAUGGGUUGAAGCCGGAGGCCGAGAGACCUAGCGCGCUCAUUGCGGCAUUCAUACUCCCUCGUCAACACUAUCUUCUCCUUUUCCCGUCCCUGCCAUCUUUUUCCUCUCUCCGUGGGACUGGUCGUCUUGGCUUCGGCUGCCCCCGCCGCGGGAUCUCCUCGCCUCUCUGAUCUCUCUUCGCAGAGAAGGCACAUUUCGAAGGUUUGGGUGGUGCUCUGCCAAUAAGAGCCGGUUCGUUCUCUGUAACGCUCGCCGAGUCCUCGGGCGCAAAACUCUCAAGCGUGCGUGUGUUUCUCGGUGGACGCCUCGUGUACGAGCUUUCUCGCUCUUGGGCCGCUACGGUUUCCGGAGCGCCGAGGUGUCAUCUUUGGCACGGGUUGCCCCACUGCGAAGUUCGUGUCGCUGCACACCGACGACGACGACUACCCUUUUGAAACGCCCGUCUCAGUCGCUUCGUUUACCGCUUCUUCGGUCGUACGAUCACUAAGUUGCUCCGCUUUAGGUCACGGAUGCUCAUGAAGUGCUUUCAGCCCGAAAAUAUUUCCCGGGUCACAGACCAAGAACCGCAGUCGAGGCCUGGAGGAUCGAAUGAUUUGUUUCUGAACUGAAGCAGGCGGCGACUGAUUCGGAAACCUUAUCUUAAACCUUUCCGGUCGACGAGCCACGUUUGUAGCCUCAAACGUUUCACCUCUACCGCGAACACGAAGAGGAAUUCUGACAGUAAUUUCCAAGGCUUUGAGGCGGGAGGGCUGCUCUCCUCAGAUCUGGAGGUUUUCUCAGUGCAAUUCGCCGAGAUAUCUCAGGAGGUUACAUUCCUGGAUUUGUUCCAACUGUGCUUUUCAACCGGCCUGUUGUCUCGAUGAUACCUUGGUCUCGGAUGAUUUCUUGAGACGCCGCGUGGUCCGACGAUUGCGAAUUUGUUCACGGCGGGUUCAAUCAAAGAGCUACAGAUCUGAAGACCAUGUAGUAGUUGGACGAUUGAGAAUUUGAUGCGACGAUGGCUCAAAAUUCACAGAGUUUUUGUCUUGCGCAAACCUGUGUCUCAUGAAGACUGGAGGUCAGUAGUCUGUCGGACAGGGGCGAGGUGGACAGGAAGCGGUUCUCUAAUGUCGGCGAUGUCGGUUGUGUAUUAUGACCUAUGUGGUCUGGUUGGACUGGACUACACUGGAUGCGGUAGUACCAUGAAAGACAGUUGCAGGUGCUCUCGUGCCUGAUUUUCUCCACUGUCGAAGAUCGUAUGAACUUGACAGUCGGAGGAGAAACAGACUACAGUGCUCGAUGAAGAGAUGUCGGUUUCUUGACCUAGCGGGUGUGUCUCCAUGACGGGAAGCAUUUCGAUGGGGAAAUGAUAAAAAUCGAUUGACGAGACGAGACUGUGAAACUAGAGAAACUCCGGGUCUAUACAGCGAGUCAAAAUAGGUUGCUCAACUUCUAAGGUUUUAGGCUGCAACCAAAAGUCAGCCAAAACGGGGUCCCUCUGUUGUGUGGCCGCAAGGCCACACGGAUCCGCUGUCAGCAACGACAACUGGUCUAAUGGGGCUCGUGAGCCGCACUGGCGCACCAACGGCGGGUUUUCACCUCCUCUCAAUAGUCGAUGGGAAAAUAAAUCGCAGCCCGAGGAAUUGGCUGCAGCCGCGAGCGCUCUUCAGCUGCAAAGGCAGUCGUUCUCAUCCAGUAGCCGGGGAAGUAGGAGCAACAGUCGAGCGGGUAGUGCAAGAUUCCUCGGCCAUCAGCGAAACAUCUCUGGGAGCAUGUUCUCUCACAGUGGAAGCCCUUCCGAAAGCUUCCGUGCUCCUCACUGGAAUCCACUUUCUUCGUCGAGUGGCCACAUGGAAAACUAUAUAGCUGCUGCUUCAGAUUCGAUUUCCAGUCCGUCAAUAACCAUCAUUUCUUCCAAGGAGGGUUGUCUUUCUGGCAAUUUCUCGACCGUGUCAAAUACACCAGAGUCUACCCCAUCCUCCUACGUCGGCGAAUACUCUCACGCAUCAGCUGCGUGUCAGCCGUCUUCCUCUCAGCGACAGCAGCCAGGCAGUCAUUGUUUCCUGUCAAAGUCAGCAUUUUCCAUGGGUUCGCAUCCUCAUCUAACGAGGCAAACGUCCGACAGCAGAAUCCAUGGGGUUGGUAGCAGUCGAACGGCUGAGGGCCGGCACGAAGGAAGACAUUCUUUCCGAUGGUCCGGGAGCAGCGGAGGGGAGUCUAGUGUGGGCUCGCUUGGUGGUGCUUCGGAUUGGUGGUCUAUGCAAACGUUUUCCGAGCUUGUUGCCUCCUCCCGUAGAGAGCGACUCCGGUGGACAAGUGCCAGUAGUCCAUCGGAUUUCGGUUGGGGAUCAACUCGGGAAAGCUUUGAUCGUGGCUUGCUGGUCAUGGACAGAAUUCGUGCAGGGACCACUCAAGCGACUUCAUCUUCUCCUCGCGCUGAAGCUCAAGCAUGUGGUGUGUGCUCACGACUUCUAUCUCAACGAUCUCCCUGGAGCUCCUACAGGAUGGUGGGAAGCAGUGAUUGUACAGUAGUGGGUGUUCUAGUUUGUGGUCAUGUAUAUCAUGGUGAGUGCUUGGAGCAGGCCACUCCCGAGGCCAAACGACAAGAUCCUCCUUGUCCUCGUUGCGGAGCAGCAGAGAAGGCAGCCCAAAAGUCAACGAAUAGCGUAGAGCCCGCGCAGUUGGCUAAAGGAAGUGGCUCGAAGACGAGCAGUGUGCAGAGUCAGUCAUCAUCCAGGAACAAACUCUCUAGGAUUGGCGUUGCAACAGACGAUAUUUCUGGACCUGAAUUUUCUUCAAGGCAUUCAUUCAGUGAGGGAGGAAAAUCAGUGUUGCCGACAUCAUUAAGCGAGAAGUUAUCUCUUGGGAAAUCCCUGUCCAGACGACAAUUCUCGUUCAGAAACAGGUCUGCGAAAGAAUCUAGUGGUGGGGAUGCUGUGUCCAAGAAACCUGGUUCUCCUGCCCGAGUGUCUCCUGACAGCUCAUCAGAAGACCAAUCGACCUCGACCGUUUCCCAACUCAAAAAACUUCGUUCCAACUCUUUCAGAUAUUUGAAGAAAAGGUAAUAUAAAGACAUGUUUUUUCUCUCUUUUCUCUUCUACCCAAGUAAGCCGCGCUAGGGUGAAGAAUUGUACAUUCCAGCCAUUCUUCUACCAUUCCUUGCAGUUUUUUCUUGUAUACCAUAAGCUGAGGGUUACGGAAAAGAUUGCAUUAGACCACAUUAACGAGCAAGCUCGAUAGGCAUCUGAAAAGCACAACCCAGGUCAAGAGAAGUAGACGCAAACAAACUAUUGAUUUUUGUAACAAGAAGUUCGUGCGAGACUGUCGUCUGCAGCCGCUUCCAACUAGUACCAAUCCUUUAGAAAUUUUGAUCCGUAUCUUUAAGGGUUGGCACUGGAACGAGCUCUUCCAGGAAGUCUCGAAGGUCACGUGUUGGACACCCUCCGUCUAGAGGGAAACAACGAGACUUGUACAUGUUGAUUCAAGUUAAGAUCUUCGUUCUUCCAAGAAUUUAGAAGAGCUGGACUCUGGAAGAAGUUCGAGAAUUUCUGGAAGUGCUUGUUGAAGAUCAAUCCUGGAUGAAUCUGCUAGUUGAUGGGGAUGCUGCUCACGUUCAUUAUGAAGGUAAUUGUUGGCGAUGGUGUACCGUUAUCUUCGCGUCGGAAGCUGUUGUAUGUGUCCCUUGUUUUUUUAUUGUAAGGGACACCAAACUGUCCUCCAAGCCUUCUCACAAUCUAAUUGUACCUUCACAGUCAUUGAACUCAUUAUCGUGGAUGAGUGUAGUGUGUAGUUCAUGCUUUCCCUCAAUCACUGGCUGGAGGCGCAAGCAUGCUGUAUUUUGCAAGCUGCCAUACAUUUGAAUGGUACGACUGAGGCUAGCCCUUGGCAAACAGAAAUUGUGGCCACUUGCAUUGGCU